AUGGAACUGUUCUUCCCAAAACGGUGGAACGCAAUGGAACGCAAUGAAACCGAAAUAUUUCCUGGAACGGAAAGGAACAAAAUGAAUAAUUGUGGAACGGAUCACGAACUGGAAUACUUAGAGAUCAGGUGGAACGGAAUGGAACACGGAACGAAAAAAAAAUUCCGUUCCGGAGCCCUGACCUGGAAAAAAAAAUCCAAGAAGCUGUUCAUCAAUAUGAAGGGAAUUCCAUGUCUCUUAUUUGCUCUGAUUCUUUCAACCAAGUCCGGGUCGGGAAAGGCACUCGAAAGCACUCCGAUCCAUGGAAGAGAAAAUAUUGUUGACAGCUUGGAAGAGAUGAUGUUAGCUCUGAGGACAACAACGCUAGAACAUGCGAAGGAAAUCUCACAACUGAAGUCUGAGAAUGAGCGCCUGUGGAAUGACAAGGAAAGCCUCAGGGACGACUACAAGAAAAUGAAGUAUGACUUUGAGAGCAUGAGGAAGGCAACUGGGAAGCUCAGUACUGAAUACGAAAACUUGAGAAAGGAGCACGAGAACCUCAAGUCCAGCUUCCAGGAACAUCUCCAGGAAAAUGGCGAACUUAAACUUCAACUAAACACCACGCGAGAGAGACUUCAAUAUCUUGAGGCUCUUAGCCUUCAAAUAACUCCUCGAACGUGUCAGACGUUGGCAGACUUGGGAGUGACAUGGACAGGAGAAUACCUCGUGGAUCCUGACGGAGCGUUGAUCGGCGAUGCACCUAUCAAAGUGCUCUGUGAUAUGGAGACAGUAUCCACGAUCGUCCUCCAUGAUUCAAUGGGAAACACUGCGAUAGAUCAAUGUGCUGAUCCUGGAUGCUACAAUCACACCAUAAGGUAUGGUUCAUCGAUGAAACAGAUGGUCGCAUUGAUGAAGCAAUCGAAGUCGUGUGAUCAGCAAAUAAGAUAUGACUGUUCUACGACGGCCCUCACAACUGGAGACAUACACUAUGCAUGGUGGGUGGACCGUCACGGCGAACCUCAAUACUACUGGCACGGGUCAAACGCAGGACAACACAUGUGCAAGUGCGGUCUCUCUGGCAACUGCAUAGACUCCAACUUCCCUUGCAAUUGUGACGCAAAAGCCCCCCGAUGGGAAUCAGACUCUGGAGCGAUAACGAAUGAAACAGCACUGCCCAUAACUGAGUUGCACUUCGGGGGACUGCAAUUUAAGGGUCAGCAAGCGAAUUACACAUUGGGUGGAUUGGCUUGCAAGGGCAAGACUCCACCCCCGGACAAUCCAGCUCAAUCCUGUUCAUCUCUUCGCCAAGCUGGAAGCACUCAUCCUGGUUAUUACCUGAUCAACUCCAAGAAAGGUCGCCUGGAUGUUGUUCUGUGUAGGAUGGAUUUGGAGGAGUUCGACCCGAAGUUCCAGGUGGAGACAAAUGCUCGUAUUGCAGGAGGCGGGUUUCUGCAUGGCAAGGUUACACAUCCGGACAAUCCAGCACAAUCUUGUUCAUCUCUUCGCCGAGCUGGAAACGCUCACUCUGGUUAUUACCUGAUCAACUCCAAGAAAGGUCGCUUGGAUGUAGUAAUGUGUAGAAUGGAUUUGGAAGAUAACAACCCAGAGUUUCAAAAAGAGACAAAUGCACGUAUUUCAAGAGAAGCGAUUUAUUUCGAUGUGUAUGGAGCAUUGGGAAGUAAUGGCAGCGUAGUACACUACUCCGGCGUCGAUGUCAACAUCGGCGGGGCAAUGAAUUACACAAAAUGGAACGAUGCCCAGAUUGCCUCUGCUAAACUGGGCCUUUGUCUCGAGGCACAUUGA